GCAGCCUGCCCUCGGCUCGGCUCCACGCUCCACGUUCGGCGGGAGGCGCGCGUAUAAAAGCGGCGCGAGGCGGCUUGCGGAGCGCACAAGAGUUUGGCGCAGGGGGGGCUUCAGAGGCGGGAUGAGCGAGCAAAGCGGCGCCCCGUCGACGUCAAACGAAUUCAGACGCGAGUUUUUGCCGUGCGCGAAGAACCCCCUCCUCAAGGUGCGCUUGAGCGGCAGGUGAGGGACUCCGUGAAGAAAAGUGCAGCCGGAGCCAAGACUUUUCGCCAGCAUGGAGCUGAGGGGCGCGUGUCGGGCGCUCCUCUUCCCGAUCCAAGUGCUCUUCUACGUGCUGCGCUCGGCGGUGCGGUGGCUGGUGCCGAGCAGGCGGAAGCAGCUGAGCGACGAGGUGGUGUUGAUCACGGGAGGGGGACGCGGCAUCGGACGCCACCUGGCCAAGGAGUUCGCCAAGCAGGGCGCCAGGAAGGUAAUCCUGUGGGGCCGCACAGAGAAGUGUCUCAAAGAGACGUCCGCCGAGAUCGCUCUGUCGGGAACAGAGUGCCACUACUUCCUUUGCGACGUGGCCAAUCGGGAGGAGGUCUAUAAGCAAGCCAAGGUCGUUCGAGAAAAGGUGGGAGAUGUUACCAUUUUGGUGAACAACGCGGCUGUGGUCCACGGCAAAAGUCUGAUGGACAGCGAUGACGAUGCCCUACUGAAAUCGCAGCACAUCAACACCAUGGGACAGUUUUGGACCACAAAGGCCUUUCUGCCUCGGAUGCUGGAGCUUCAGCGUGGUCACGUCGUGUGCAUCAACUCCAUCCUGUCCCAGUCGCCCAUCCCCGGCGCCAUAGACUACUGCACCUCCAAGGCAUCAUCGCUGGCCUUCAUGGAGAGUUUGACUUUGGGCCUGCUGGACUGCCCCGGCGUUGGCUGCACCACAGUUCUUCCCUUCCAUACCAACACCGAAAUGUUCCAGGGCAUGAGGGUCAGGUUUCCCCAGUUGUUUCCACCUCUUAGGCCAGAGGUGGUUGCCCAAAAGACUGUGGAUGCGGUCCGUGCAGAUGUGGCUUUUCUCUACCUGCCUUGGACCAUGCAUGCGCUUGUCGUUCUCAAAAGCUUCAUGCCACAAGUCGCACUGGAAGAAAUCCAUAAGUUUACGGGGAGUUAUACCUGCAUGAACACGUUCAAAGGACGGACAUGAGCCUGGAUGCAGUUUCGAGGUGACCUCGCUAUCUCUGGGUUCAAGUAGGAAACUAUGGACCUCGUGAUACUUGGAGUUGGAGAAGACGCCAUCGCGGACGGACUUUUGCAUCUUCAGGGUGAAAUAUGUGUGAUGAAGGAUCGAGGCAUGGCCCUGUUUGAAGGUUAGGGAAAGCGUUUUUUUUCCCGCACGUGUGUUUGUAUAUACUGUACAGAGAUGCCUUCUUAGAAGCCGUGUAUACGUCUGUACCCCGUGCCCCUUGUUUUAGUCAGAUUACUUUUUUCUUUUUUUUUUAACUUCUUUUGGUUUUUAUUUGAAUCAGAAAUUGAGAUAAUAAAAUGUGGUUUUAGACAUGA